AGCUGGUCAAAGAAGUUUAACAUCAGCAACUUUGUCUAUACACCCUAGGCGAUCAUGGCCGAUAUCACGGCAGUCUUCAACACAGCGCUCAAAGCUCACAACGCACCGCCAGUGACAUCUCAUCGUUAUUCUAUCGAUCGGCUAGACGAGUUUCUCAAAGAAGCAUACAGCAUUAAUGCUCGCAUAGCGGAUCUCACUACGUACCUUCGUGCUAUCAGACCUUCAUACUUAUCCACCGCUCCUGCACCUAGACGACCACAACGACAGAAUUCCACGGACCUUAAAAGCACACAGGAUACAGCACAACGGCACUUGUCCGAUACGGAGCGAGCUGCAAUUGAUGCCGAGGCCAAGACAGUGUUGCGACAGUUGCAUGCUGCUGUCGAACGUAUAGGUCAGACCGAGCAAAUCAGACAGGAUACCGCAUCGCAUGUCGCGUUACGCAAGCGCAAUCAGGGUGGACUAGGUGCCAUUGGAAGAUGGGCUGCUGGAGGAGCCGUUACCGCGAAGAGUGCAGAGGAAGAGCUAGAGGAGGCUAGGCAGAAGAUGCUGAACGCACACCGGGAGGGUAUCGUUUGGUAUCUCCAGGCCAAGCUCAGAGAAACCGGUACUCUCCAAAGCACAAUGAUGGAGAUCAGAAUACAACGCGAAGUUGAGAAGAGCAAGAGCGUGCUAUACAAGACCAAGGGCAGCAGCAUUCCCUUCUCUCAAAGCUUCGAUGCUGCUGUAGAUUCGGAGAAACCAGCAGCGCAGGAGCAGGAGAGGGCACAGCCUCAGUUGAGUGAUGAGCAGAUGCAGCUCUUUGCGCAGGAGAACCAGGACAUGAUGAAGCAUUAUCAGGACACGCUAGAUCAAGUCCGCACUGCGGAACGUUCUCUGAUUGAGAUUUCCGAACUACAGUCAACUCUUGUCACCAAUCUCACAGAGCAAAACGAGCACAUUGAGCAACUGGUGCAGGACUCAUUCUUCACGACUGAAAAUAUUGGCAGGGGAAACAAAGAACUCAAGAAAGCGAGCGAACGGCCCAGCACAGCAAGGCUUUUGUUCCAUGGAACGUGUGCUUUCUGUGCCUUCCUCGUCGUGUGGGAUUUGAUAUUCUGAGAUAUUUCGAGGUAAUCAACCUGAGCCGAUGAUAAGCGGCCUUGACCGGCAGUCUUCAUAUGUUCUGAUAGUGCUACUAUGAAGACCAGGCUUAGGUAUCGAGACGAUAUCAUUCGCUGAGCGAUCGGCGUUUGGUCUGAAGGGUGCGGGUUAAAACCGGACCGAUCGAUCGAGGAGACGAUGCCUCGGAACGUCUUGUGAGCACGAGAAGCGUGGGGAUCCCGAGGUUGUCGAUAGAGUACAAGCAAUAAACAUGCUGGCGUGAUGCAGAUACUAUCAGCUCGCCUUUUGUCCUCGAAGUUCCUCUCUUCUG